AUGCCAGCUGCCACCGCAUUGCUUGACACGGUGUACACGCCGGCCCUACGCAGGAUCGAGCACCAGGAGCAACCCAGCUCCUAUUUCAUCAUCGGGGGCGAUAGCUCCCUAGCCUUGGUGACGAGAGACGGCGGCCGCGUCCAAAUGAAAGGGACGAUGGAGCCGUCACUCCGGGAGGAGAUCCCAGAAGACGGUUUGGAACUUAUCCUGUUUUGGCUGCUUCAAAAGGACAUCCGCAUGGAUGGGUGCUCAGUCGUUAUGCGCUGGGGAAAGGGGCUUGGAGACAUCGUGUGGCACGUGGAGCAAGAACUCAACCGAGUCCAGAAGUGGAAGAAUGGCCAGGAACCGCUCGCGCCGGAAGGUGUCGACAUUAUCAUCCAAUGGGGUGGUAAUGACGUCUAUGGCGAGUAUGGUUACAAAGGCUUUUCCUUCCACGCGCGCAAUGCAUGGGUUCGUGUUGAUGAUGCGUUGCAUGACACCCUUUCCAACUGGGAAACAAAGGCACGCAAGGCAGUCGAAGACGCGAAAGAUGCUUUGGUUCGCCUCUCAUCCCGGAAGGGAGUGUCCUCAGUUACGCUUGUGGCUGGCCCUCACGACGGGGAAUUUUAUGGUCUCCCGGAGGUCUACGACCUGGAAAUGGCCCGCCAUACCGACGAGAUGAAAGAGCGCGGUAUCCGCAUCGUCGACCCGCAGGCCCUCAUCCUCGCGACGGAGCGGUACGAUGGGUUCCACAUGGAGGCCACCCAUGACAAUGUGAAAGUUACCACCAAUUGGUUUUUUCACCUCUGCUCUGCGGUGAUGUUCGAACGGUGGCUUGUGAAGCACGCGAUGGAGCUAAAGGCGAAUUCGCGCGGCAUCCUUUUCCACAACCACUUCCACCUCGGUCUCGGCUUGGAAGAGCUCGACAUCCCUCCGACCACGGACUUGCUGAUCCCGGCGGAAGCCGAGCAGGUGACUUUUCCACCUGAAGCACCGCCCAUCCAGCGCUUCCCAGAGGAGGAGAUUGUCCUCAAUCAGCCGAUCCUCAGCUUGGAAAAGCUUGACGAGCUCGAGGGUGUGCCGCCCACUGACUACGUCAACGAAGUGGCGAAAGAGUCAGAGGAGAUCACGGUUGAAGACAUGGUGUCUCGCAAUCCAAACCCGGAGGACGAACACCUCACCGUGGAAGCGGUCGACCCCGGCUCGGAGAUGGAACAGAUCGUUCGCAACAUGAUUGAGUCGGUGAACCUGGUCAUGACGAAUCAGGAAGCUGAAGAGGUCGCCCAGGAGACGGGUGUUGCUUCCUAUGAGUUUGUUGAGCCGAAUGUUACAGCUACAUCUGUCGUGGAUGGUGAGGCAGUCUCUACGAUUGCUACAUCCGAUAUCCCGACGGAAGUCUGGGACUCUGGUCCGAUGGCUGUUGACUACGGCACAGACGAUGUUGAGGAGCAUCCCCGUGGGAGCGGCGGACCCAUCUGGCUUACACCAGAGCAGCUGCCUGAUGUCAAGGGUCGCAUGGGCUACUUUCGUCUCACUGAGAUGGAGUGUGUUUCGUUGGGCAAGAAGCUGUCGUGGCACUUGCGUGGGCACGCCAAGGACAAGGGAUUUCGCACAGUGGAGUUCGACGAAGAACAGGCUGCAGAGAUCGGCGAUGUUUUGAAGGUUAUUGGCAAGCAAUGGUCCCGCCUGACGGUAAUGACCAUCAUUGACCUUUUGACGUCCGAUCACUGUGACAAAGGUCGGUUCGAACUCCAGGCGGAAGCCUUGGACGAGGACACGCGGUUAGGCCGGGGCACGAACUGGCAUUUCACCCGUAUCAGAGCAUUCCAAGGCCACAAUGCCUGCUUGCUCGUCCUCGACAGCGAUCCGCUGAAGACCACUGUCAAGCAGUGGCACCAGGGCAACCGGCAGUGCACAACGUGCUGGCUCAGUGCCUCCAAAGCCUAG